GGGCAGUCACCAAGGAUAGCAGACCCUGACCUCUCUCUUACAAUUGGAGGAAGGCUCGAGGUGCUCAGGAAUAUGAAUUCAGGAAAUGCUCCCAGCCGCUAAGAUAUUUUGGUGCCUGGUCCCAAGCAGGACCCAGGCUGCAGCGCCCAGGGAUGUGCAUGUCAUGGCCUGGCCCCUGGGGCAGACUCUGCGUCAGGAAGUGAUGGCACUGCCUACAGUCAGCUGCCUCGCUGGGGAGUCCUGGAAGCUGCCUGUGGAGUUGCCACAGCUCAUGGGAGCCUGGUCUGAGGCUUAGAAACCAAUCACAGAGGCCAACGGAAGUCAGAGCAGGGCCAUGUGGGGGACCUGGUGUCCUAGAGGAGACCUUGGACCAGUAUCUUCUUAGAGACAGCGGCUGGAGCAGAAGGAUACCUGCCACCACCAAGAGGCCCCUGCUUUGGAUACGGAGUGAAGGCCCCAAGAAGUACCCAGGCUGCUGAGCAGGUCAUGGAAACGGCAGUGAUCGGAGCAGUGGUGCUGCUGCUUCUGGUCACCCUGGCCAUCGCUUGCAUCCUCUGCUGCUUCAGCUGUGACUCAAGGACCCGGGAUCUGCAGGGGGGCCCAGGCCGAAGUUUCACAGUGGCCACGUUUCACCAGGAGGCUUCUCUCUUCACCGGGCCACCUCACCAUACACAGACGGUGGCAGGUGCCCGGGACUUCUGGACCUUCACUUGAAGCUCAGCAGACCCUGAAGUUUGCUCUGCAGUGGGUCCAACUCACAACCCCCACCCCCAGCAAACCUCUCUUUCCUCCCUUUCCUUCAACUUCUAAUGUCCUUAUUUAUUUCACCUGUAUCUAAUAAGCCUUUGUCCCUUGAUGUGACCUGCAGUUCUGGACAUCAAGGUGGUGGGACCAGCAGGGACUUACUUCUGACACCUGAGCGCUGAUCUGGACGCUGCCUGCUGGGUGGGGUCUAGGAUGGGCCUAGAGAGUGAGGGGCUGGACACGGCCUUGGCUGGUGGAUGGGCCAGCUCUGCUGACUGACGUGGACCCUGACAGACCACGGGAAGCUAAGCAGAUUGGAAGGAAUUCUUGCACGUCACUCCAGGAUGUUGCUGAGACUCUAGCCACCAGAGCAAGCAGUGCCCUCAGGUGAAUGGCUUUACACAUCGUUUCUAACCAGUUCCCUCAAUGGAGUUUCUCUUGUUACUUGAAUGUGCACAUUGCACAGAGCCAGCCGUGGGACCUGGCCUCUAACAAUUCCCUGCAACCAGCCCCUGAGAUUCUGAAGCCAAAAAAAAAGCUGCUUUCAAAGGGGGACAAGUGACUUGUUUUGCCAUUGAACGUGUGCAACCUUUUAUGGGUCUCCCAGGAACCAGGGUUGAAAAGCCACAUAAGGAAGCAGAAGAAAAGUUAAGAGUUGAAAAAAGCAACUAUUUCAAUAUACUUCGAACAAGACUUUAUUAAUGAACCCUACCAGGUCACUUCUGUUCUUGGAGUCUGUGAGUGACUAGCGUGGCAGCAGAAGGAUAGAAAACUGUGAGCUAAAAGAUAACUCCAAAUAAGUUGUGUUACUUUGAGAGCAUGUAAGAAAAUGUAUGUUUCCACCAUAAAUAAAUAUUCAGUUUUUAUUAAUAGAUCUAUUUUCUCUGUAUCCACAAGGUAAAUGUUGUGCCUACUUUAUUCUGUGAUUUUAAUUAAUUAAUUCUACCAGAGCUAUCGCUGGGGCUUGGUGCUAGCAACACACUAUUCCCCAUAAUCUGGUUCCCCUUUUUGCUUCUUUAACAAACAUUUACUUAUUAAUGUAUUUAUUUAUAAUUUUUUAUAGAGACAGAGGAACUGAAAGGGAAGAGGGGACAUAGGGGGAGAGGGAGAGAGAGAAGCAGCAUUGCUUCACCAUUUGUGAAGCUUUCCUCCCUGCAGGUGAGGAACCCCACUUCUUGAGCAUGGUAAAGCAUUUAACUGGUGUGCCCUGGCCCAAUCCUCAAGGGAAGCACUUCUUGCUUCAUCUAAUCAACUUGUUCUGGAUAAAUUGGAGAGAUUGACCUCACCCACUAUGACCAGCCAGGAGCAAAAAAGUGGUAGCCUGACUAGUUGGG